UGCAUUUCAUUGGCUUAGGGAGGCAUGAUGCCACGGGGCAGCCCUUUUUAAGAGAAAGCCAGGGCCCGCGGAGCAGCCAGCAACCCCUGAGCAGUGAGUUCUCUGUGCUGAGCGGUGGGACCGGAGCUGUGGUGAAGCAUCAUGAGCGAGAGACAAGCUGCUGGAGCAACCAACGGAAAAGACAAGACGUCUGGCGAAAACGAUGGGCAGAAGAAAGUUCAAGAAGAGUUUGACAUUGACAUGGACGCGCCCGAGACAGAACGUGCGGCUGUGGCCAUUCAGUCCCAGUUCAGAAAAUUCCAGAAGAAGAAGGCAGGGUCCCAGUCCUAGCAGGGGAGCCCCUUGCUAGUCUGCCGGGAGACACCGAGUUCAACCAUCAUCCGUCAAGCAAUGAAAGAAAACAUCCGCGAGAGCCAUCACCUGCACACAGCACACGCCCCGCAGCCCCACAUGCAUGUACAGAGCCCCUGACACUCACUCACGCCCUGUAGACGGUGUAGGCCAUGCCGCUGAGCAUGGCUUUAUCUCUGUGUUCAUCUCCAGUAUCAUUCCUCCUGCAACUGCUUUCCUUGGUGUUGUAAUAAAGUGGAGCUAAGAUGUGUGA